AUGUUUCAAGGAGAAAACCAAAGAGACCAAAUUAUCAAGCCAAAUUUCCAAGUUUACGGAAAAAACCUGCCUCCAAUUUCUUCAAUCAAAAAUCAGCCAAAUAUCUCACAAGGUUCAAACAAUUUAUCAAAUUUGUCACAAAACGACCCAUCAAGUUACUUAAGUAGAGCCAAGCUGUCUAGAAACCAAAGUGAAUGCAGCAUAGUAUCAAAUAUCCCAAUGCCAGGGAAAUAUUUAGAUUUAGAAGUGCAGCCUAUUCAAAACAACGACUCAGCCGUGCCUAAACAAUCUACCAUCAUGAACUUUAAUUUGCGAAAAAAUGCAGCCGAAGCUUUCAAAUUUUCACAAUUUAAGCCAAAAGAAGGGAUUCCGCCAAUGCUUAAAGCAGUUGCCUUAAAAAGAUCUUAUUCUCAACAGGAUAAAGUCAGAGAUGUAAUAAAACCAUCAUCGGUAAGCUAUUUUGAGUCGUCUCGAAGAGAGCCUGUGGCAGGGUAUUCAGAAAUAUAUACAUCUGAAGAGUCCUUUAAGCCUGCAUUUAUAUUAAGCUCUUCUGCACAAAUGGGAAAAGUUCCGAAAAAUGAUUGAAAAACUCUGUCUGAGCCACCUUCUAUAUAUACGCUAAAUGAGCAGUCGAAAUCUACAAUAAUAAGGUCAGGGAUUAUAAAUAAAAGUGAACAAGAUAUGAGGUCAAUAUGAAGUAAAGACUCAUAUAAAGCACAGUCAGAAUUUUAUAGAACUACUAGUAAUGAAGAGAUAUUGAGAACCUCCAUUUUGGAAACUGAUAACUUUAGUGCAGAUCAGCAAAAUCCUCCUUCGGAUUGUAGGAUGCCAGAAAAUGUGCCCCCUAAUUCUCCACAUUGUGGAGAGUAAUUAAUUGAAAAAUUCCUUCAUAAUGAUUAAUAUAAAUAGUUAUUUUUUAUGCUCAUAAUUAAAAUUAUUAAUAUAAAUUUAUUUUAAAAUAUUUUGAAAAUCCUAUAAAAUACUGUUUCUCCUAUUAAAAUUAACUAAAAAUAUGUAAGGGGAAAGUAAAGACAUAACUUUUAUUACUUCAGUCAAUGCAAAUCAAAAUCAAAACCCAGACAUCAAUGAAGUCAAAAGUGAGCCAGUUUUCCAAGACCUCAGCGACGUGGCUUCUUACAAAUCUUCUAUUCAGCCCAGCAUCUGUCUGAAACCCCUAAUCAAAGAAACUAAUUCCUCCGAAAAAUCCCAAAAAUGAUAUGGCGUCCCUCAAAAAGUAAGAUUCCUGGUCAACGAAAAUUACGUCCAGACCCUUAAACCCUGCAAUUUCUACGAAGAACACAAAGAUCUGUUGCCUGUUUUUCCAGUUAAAAAAUACAGACACCCAAAAUUACUAUUAAAAGGAAGCGCUGUAAAAGAAGGAAAUUUGAUAAGGAAAGAGAUCGUUAAAGACGAAGACCAUUUAAUUAGAGUUUUAAACAGAGAAGGAACACCCUGGGUGCAGUAUAAUUUAAAGCCUGCCCAUCAGGUGCGGCAGGACCCGUUUUGUACAAAUUAUGGAGAGCUACUGGUAAAGAAUAUAUAGAAAUUAGACAUAGUGAAAGGGGGAGGAGAUCUCGGGAAAUCUUUGGGCGAGUUUUUUAAGGUAAAUGCUGAUGCGGAAUGCGUGUUUUCACAUGAUGGGAUUUCAGAAGGGUCGCUAGGACUGAAUUCAAGAAGAUAA